CUGACAAGAGUCUGGGCGAUGUGGAAGGGGCUGUGAUCCACGGGAGGGAGAACAGAGGCGCUCCGUCACCGCCGCCCUCAAUAGGAGACGGAAGGGAGCGCGAAAGGAGGCGAGGAGAAAGAGCCUGUGCCGGGGGGGCGGGGGGGCGGCAUUUUUGGUGGAUGGUAUGAAGCCAGCCAUGGAAACUGCAGCGGAGGAAAAUGCAGAACAAAGCCAAGAGAAAAAAGUGAUCACCAGACCAGAAAUGGAAAUUGGCAGGUACCACUGGAUGUACAGGAGUUCAAGGCCACACCGGUACCAUCAUGUGCCAGCAUUGAGAGGCAAUGUUAGUCCUUUGGGGAUUCAAGGUUGCUUUGAAUGUUGCAUUAAGUGCCUAGGAGGAGUGCCAUAUGCUUCGCUGGUGGCAACCAUUCUCUGCUUCUCGGGGGUAGCCUUGUUUUGUGGCUGCGGCCAUGUGGCGCUCACAGGCACGGUGUCCAUCCUUGAGCAGCACUUCUCCACGACUGCCAGCGACCAUGCUUUGCUGAGUGAAGUAAUACAGCUAAUGCAGUAUGUAAUUUAUGGCAUUGCAUCAUUUUUCUUCUUAUAUGGAAUAAUCCUUUUGGCAGAAGGCUUUUACACAACAAGUGCUGUGAAGGAGCUGCAUGGAGAGUUCAAAACGACAGCUUGUGGCCGCUGCAUCAGUGGGAUGUUUGUUUUCCUCACCUAUGUGCUUGGAGUGGCCUGGCUUGGGGUCUUUGGCUUCUCCGCUGUGCCUGUCUUUAUGUUCUAUAACAUAUGGUCAACUUGCGAAGUCAUCAAAUCUCUUCAGACAAAUAUGACAGUUCCAGGGGACCAGAUCUGCGUGGAUAUCAGGCAAUACGGUAUUAUCCCGUGGAAUGCUGUACCUGGCAAAGCCUGUGGUCCGAUCCUGGAGAACAUCUGCAACACGAAUGAGUUCUACAUGUCUUAUCACCUGUUCAUUGUGGCUUGUGCUGGAGCUGGUGCCACUGUCAUAGCAUUGAUCCACUUCCUCAUGAUACUGUCUUCUAACUGGGCCUACUUAAAGGAUGCAAGCAAAAUGCAGGCCUACCAAGAUAUCAAAGCAAAAGAAGAGCAGGAGCUUCAGGAUAUCCAGUCUCGGUCAAAAGAGCAACUCAAUUCUUACACAUAAAUGUUUGCCACAGUAAUUCAGCAGAAGAAUUCUGUAGCUCUGACAAAUCAACAAAUAGCUGCUCUGCAGUACAGAUGUGUGUCUACCAAACAAAAUUAUAGAGAAGUGUAAAAGCUUCACGUUCAAGCUCCUGGAACACGUUCAUAGGGAAAUCUUCCCAUGGGUAAUCUUCCAUCCUUUCACGCAGAGAAUGGAGGUUUUAUUCCAGGCAUUUUAAAAGGCAACACUUCACAAUAAGUGACCAAAUUAUUCUACUUUGAGACGUUCAGAAUUUACUAUUUGACAUGCAGCAUGAAUUCCUGCACAAAACUGUGGCAGGUGCUCCAAACCAGCAAGCAGUAGAUGUUUGUACAGACCUUAGACAAAGGCACGUGUAAGAUGUGUGAUUUAGUAUCUCAGUUUAUAUACCAAAUGGAACUGUGGCUGGCUAAGAUUUCUGAUAGCCUGUGCUUAUUCAGAAGCACAGUUGCAGCGUUUCAUAAGUCCUAAUAGGGCAGCCUUUGAACACUCUUUACAUGGGCCACAGGAACAGCAAUCUACUUUUGUGCCACAGUUUUUUACGAUGAACAGUCACUCUCCUGUGCUUACCUGAGUGUUGAGCAGAUGUCCCAAGUUUUAAUCUUUUUAUUAACUAUUUAAUGGAAUGUAGAUGCUUGGAUCUGGAUAAUGAUCCCCUUCUUUGAAAAUAAAUGUCAGCUUUGCCUUAAUAUUUAUUUUCUAUAAAUGUCUUAGCAUUUAUAUAGUGGCAGGAGACCAUUAUCCUUCAUUUUAAGUGAAAAGUGUUACCUUAUUAAAAUGACACUGAUGUGACUAUUCCAAAUGAGCAGAUGACGAAGUUUGCAGAGUUUUACACAAUAAAAAUGACAGCCAUAAAGCAGAAUACAGGAUGUCCACCUUUUCUCUAUCUUGGUGCUUAGCAAAUUUAUAGUCAGUGCUUAUGUGUUUUCCUUUUUACAAAUUAAUUAGCACAUUAAGAAAACGUGGUGUUCAGAAAAAACAAACAACACAAACUGGUGCCAUUUUAAAGUCAUUUCCCAUAGAAGUCUGCCUUCUAAUUAAUGUUUAUUUCAGAAGCUUUCAGUGAUAUCUUGAGUAUUAGUGAUGGUAUAUUUGGUGUUUGUUCUAUAUGAUAUAUAUAUAUAUAAAUAUAAAUGUCGGGGGAAAAGUAAAAUACAUCAGUCAUUUGAAAAAAAUGAAUAUUCAAGUCAUACCCAUGUUAAGCUGACGUGUGGUUUGAUCGUUUUGACUGUUUGCUGAAUAUAAGUAAGUCAAAGGAAGCACAAAACUUCUUAAGUCAGUAUUAAGAGAAAAGGCAUUUUGGGGGGUAUUAACUUCAACUAUAAUUUUUCUGUUAAAUAUUGAAGUCUAAUUUGACAGUUUAAAAAGGGGGCAAAGUUGAUCCGUGUAGAGCAAAUAUGACAAAAUAGCCUAGUGUAUGUUCUUACCUGUUGCAUGAAGGAGACAUUUCUACAGCAAUGCAGGUGAUGUUCUAGCCCAGUGUUUGCAUAAGGGUAAUAAUGGAGGCAGUGUCUUAAAGCCUAAUUCUUUUCUAAUUCAGUGUAGCUAUUACUGGGAGUUUUUGAAGUUUUGUUUAAGUAGUCUAAUAUUUUUAUGUAAAGAGCAUUAAAUUUUGCUAUGUAUAAAUUUUUGUAACCUAACAGUGAAUCAAUAUUUUCUAUCAGUGCCAAGGGCUUCCUGUAGUUACAUCCAAGUGUUAAAAUAAAUAUUUGUAGAUAAUAGACAACACUUGUGUAUGCUUAUUUUAAAACAGACCUACAGCUACUCUAUCCUAGUGCAUCUCUGUUUUAUAUCUCUAUCUGAAGUUAAACACAUUCUGUUCGAUAUUGUCCAUUUGAUAAUGUACUGCGAAAGGCUGCCCUGUAGGUGUAUGCUUCAGCAUGGUAAGUUUUUCUAGCAUUAACUACUGAUAGUUGUUCCAGGGCAGCAUAAAGCAACAAGCACUAUUCAACCCGUGCUUAACAUCAGACAAAACAAAUUUCUGAGGAACUUUGUAAAUUCCAUCUUUGCUGCAACACAAAGUUAAUUUAGCAGCAUGUAAAAUUAGACUAUCCCCUAAAUAUUUUGUCUUAAUUUAAAAAAGAAAGUGUGUCUCAUUUAUGGUACACCACAUUUCAAUCUCCAGUGAAUUCAAGAGGGAGCUUCAGUUUUGCCCCUAAAUUCUGUCAAACUUGGCUUCAUGUUCCUGUAGUUAGGUCAAGGUAAGCAGCCUCAAAUGCAGUGCAAGUUGUACUAUAUGCUGCCGCCCAAAAUUACUUCAUUGAUUAAAAAAAAAAAUACUGUAUUUUAUACUGUAAAUAAAGUUUAAUGAUCUUGCCUAUAAUUUACCUACAAAAUGCAAAGCUUAAAUAAAGAUGAGUUAAAUAGCA